AUGCCAUCAGCUUCCGGCAAAGUCGUCUGUGUCACCGGUGCCGGAGGUUUCAUCGCUUCAUGGCUCAUUAAACUCCUCCUCGAGAAGGGCUACACCGUUAGAGGCACUGUCCGAAAUCCAGAUGAUCCCAAGAAUUUCCAUUUGAGAGAGCUUGAAGGAGCAAAUGAAAGAUUGAUUCUAUGCAAAGCUGAUCUUAAUGAUUAUCAGAGUUUGGUAGACGCCAUCAACGGCUGUGAUGGAGAUUUCCACACUGCAUCACCUGUCACAGAUGAUCCUGAACAAAUGGUGGUGCCGGCUGUGAAUGGGGCUAAAAAUGUGAUAACUGCGGCGGCGAAUGCCAAGGUCCGGCGAGUUGUUUUGACUUCAUCAAUUGGUGCAAUUUACAUGGAUCCUAAUAGAGACCCUGAAAAAGUUGUGGAUGAGAGUUGUUGGAGUGAUCUUGAAUUUUGCAAGAAUACUAAGAAUUGGUAUUGCUAUGGGAAAGUUGUGUCUGAACAAGCAGCAUGUGAUUUGGCCAAGGAAUUGUGUGUGGAUUUGGUAGUGAUCAACCCAGUUUUGGUGCUUGGACCACUGCUUCAACCCUCUUUGAACGCCAGCGUUCUUCACAUAAUGAAGUAUCUAACUGGCUCUGCAAAAACUUAUGCCAACUCUAUACAAGCCUAUGUGCACGUUAAGGAUGUGGCAUUGGCUCAUAUUUUGCUCUUUGAGACGCAUUCGGCUUCUGGCCGAUAUCUUUGUGCCGAGAGCGUUCUUCACCGUGGUGAGGUGGUUGAGAUUCUAAAGAAGUUUUUUCCUGAGUACCCGAUCCCUACCAAGUGUUCAGAUGAAAUAAACCCAAGAAAAAAGCCAUACAAAUUCUCAAACCAAAGGCUUAAGGAUUUGGGCCUGGACUUCAAACCAGCUAAGCAGGCUUUAUAUGACACUGUCAAAAGCCUGCAAGAAAAAGGCCAUCUUCAAGUCUCACCCAAAAAAUAA